AUGGGCCGCUGGGGCGACCUGGGGCCCGGCUUCCCGCGGCCCGCGCCGGCUUGCCCGGGCGAGGACCCGUCGCUGGCGCUGCUUCUGCGGCCCGGGGUCUCUGAGGAUGGGGCGCGCGCGAGCGCCGCGCGCAUCCAGCAGGCCUGGCGGGGCUCGCGUGCGCAGGCGCGCCUGCGCGCCGCGAGGCGGCGGCUCCAGGGCCUGGACCCGCCCGCCGGGGGCGUCGGCGAGAGCGCCGCGGCAGCCGUGGCGCGGGCCGCCAGGCCCUGGCACUGCGUGGUAGGCACCCGCCCGCCCCACGCCGAGCCCGCGGGGGCCCGCGGCGGGGACGACGCCGAGGCCCUCUGGGACGAGGCCGCCGCGUUCCGCCGGAUCUCGGCGGAGCAGGCCAUGGCCACGCAGGCCCGCUGGCUGCGCGGCGGUGGCGGGGGCCCCGACCGCGGCCUGCUGGAGGAGGCGCUCGCCUGGGACGAGACGCAGCAGCUCGUCCUCGCGAUGUCGCGCCUGGAGCAGAGGCUGCAGCUGCGGCGGCAGGAGCUCGAAGGCCCACAGGCGACCGCCUUUCGCCCGCCGUGCGCCGUCGGCGCGGCGGCCUGCUCCGAGCUGGAGGCCAAGCUGACCGCCUGGCAGAGCUCGGCGCAGCAGGGGUCUGCAGAGGCCAGUGGCCCUGGCUCUGCCGCGGCGCUGGGGCUGCUGCUGCUGCCGUGCCUCUGCCUUUUCCAGCUCGUGGCCGCGGGCAGCUACCUCCACAGGGGCAAGCUCGAGGACGCCCGGCGCGCCCUCGGGUGGGUGGAGAGCGCGGUGGCGGCCGCGCAGCCUGGCAGCUUCCUGUCGGCGGCCGGACCGCAGCUCUGCGCUCGGGUGGCCCUGUACAUUGCCGGGGGCGCGCUGCGCUCCUCGGAUUACGUGGCAGCGGUGGAUGCUGGGAUGCAGGCGCUGGCGCUGCUGCGAGAGCGCGACGGCCCUCGAGAUUUCUGGCCCGCCCACUGCUGGGAGCUCGCGGCGUGCCACCGGGCAGUCGCCCUGGGGCUCGCUGGUCAGGGGAAGCACCAGGAGGCGCAGCACGAGCUCGCCGAGCUGCAGAGGCAGCUGGGCGCGGGAGCGUCCGAGGCGGCCGCGCCUCGGCUGGCGGCGUUCCUCUCGGAGGACGUUCGGAUCCUGCGCCUCGAGUGCGACGUGGUGCAGAAGGUGGACCUGGGGCCGCAACCCGUCGGCGCCCCGCCGGAGGUCCUGCAGGCGCUCCGCGAAGACGCCGAGAAAAGCUGCUGGCGAGGGAGCUGCGCAGCGGCCACGCCCGCGGCUGUGCGGCGGCGCUGGUGGCCAAGCUAA